AUGCGAAAAUUUAAUAUGUUAAAAUGUAUCAGUAGAAUAGUGUUAAUAAUAUAAAAAUUUAUGUUAAAUUGUAAAUAAUGUAUGUACAUGGGCAACUUGUUCAAAAUUAGAAUAAAAUAAUUGAACUUUUGUUUGGGAAGGAGCACAAAGAAAUACAAUAUAGCCUUGUGUAUUGAUUAAUGGACUUUGUGA